GAGAAGUUCAGUCAUUUAGACUCCAUGUUGUUUGGACAUAGCAGAAGGAGGACAAGUGAAGGCUGAGUCAGGUUUGUUUUCCUCGUCUUUAUGUUAUACGGCUUGUAUGCACAACAUAUUUGCCUCAACACCCUCUGAAGUGCAUAAGAUGAGUGAUUGUGUGGAGGAAGGGGAGGAGAAAGCAGAGUCUGCAGUAUCCAGCUGUCUGUCUAUAAAGAGUGACCAGUCCAAGGAUCCUCCACCACAGUUCAGUAAUGAACCUGGACCCUCAGACACUCAAGGUCGGUACCACACCCAGAAAGCAGAGUCUGCAGUAUCCAGCUGUCUGUCUAUAAAGAGUGACCAGUCCAAGGAUCCUCCACCACAGUUCAGUAAUGAACCUGGACCCUCACACACAAAAAAGAAAAACAGAAUAAGUGUUUCUGUGGAGGAGCAGCCAUCCUGCUGUGCUUUGUGUCAGGACGUCCUGAAGGAUCCAGUCUCUACCAGCUGUGAACACUGGUUCUGCAGAUCGUGCAUCACCUCAUACUGGGACCAGUCUGCUUCACCAGGAGACUCCUCCUGUCCCCAGUGUGGAGAAAGAUCCAGAAAGAGAGCUGGACUGCAGACAGCCAGUCAGAGCAGCUCUGUGCAAACAGAUAGUGGUCUGCAGGAAGUUUUAGAUGCACAUAAGGUCAAUGUGAGGAGGAGAUGUGAACGUGUGACUGAAGGAAGUGAUGAAACAAGAAGUGGAACCCUCCUCAACAGGAUCUACACUGAGCUCUACAUCACAGAGGGACAGAGUGAAGAGGUUAAUACCCAACAUGAGGUGAGGCAGCUUGAGACUGCUUCAAAGAUGGAGACCCUCCAUGACACUCCAAUCAAGUGCCACGACAUCUUUAAAGCCUUACCUGACCAACAGAGACACAUCAGAGUGGUUCUGACCAACGGCGUCGCUGGCGUUGGAAAAACCUUCUCAGUGCAGAAGUUCACUCUGGACUGGGCAGAGGGCUUGGAAAACCAAGAUGUCAGUCUGCUGGUUCUGCUCUCAUUCAGGGAGCUAAACUUGAUCAAAUAUGAGCAGUACAGUCUUCUCACGCUGCUCCAUGUUUUCCAUCCAACAUUACAGAAGGUCCCAGCAGAGAAGCUCGCUGUCUGUAAACUGUUGUUCAUCUUUGACGGCCUGGAUGAAAGCAGACUUUCAUUGGAUUUCCACAACAAUGAGGUUGUGUCUGAUGUCACACAGAAGUCAUCAGUCAACUUGCUGCACAACCUCAUCAAGGGGAAUCUGCUUCCCUCGGCUCUCGUCUGGAUAACUUCCCGACCUGCAGCAGCCAAUCAGAUCCCUCCUUCAUGUGUUGACAGGUUAACAGAAGUACGAGGCUUCACUGACGCCCAGAAGGAGGAGUACUUCAGGAGGAGAGUCAGUGAUGAAGAGCUGUCCAGCAGAAUCAUCUCACACAUCAAGACCUCCAGGAGCCUCCACAUCAUGUGUCUAAUCCCAGUCUUCUGCUGGAUCACUGCUACAGUUCUGGAGCACAUGUUGACUACAGACCAGAGAGGAGAGCUGCCCAAGACCCUGACUGACCUGUACUCACACUUCCUGCUGGUUCAGACAAAGAGGAAGAAGCAGAAGUAUGAUGAGGGACAUGAGACGAGUCCACUGGAGCUGACGGAGGCUGACAGGAGGGUUCUUCUGAAGCUGGGGAGGCUGGCGUUUGAACAUCUGGAGAAAGGAAACAUCAUGUUCUACCAAGAAGACCUGGAUCAGUGUGGUCUUGAUGUCGCAGAGGCCUUGGUGUAUUCAGGUGUUUGUACAGAGAUCUUCAAAAGAGAGAGUGUGAUCUUCCAGAAAACAGUCUACUGCUUUGUUCAUCUGAGUGUUCAGGAGUUUCUGGCUGCAGUCUACAUGUUCCACUGUUACACCAACAGGAACACAGAGGUACUGGAGGACUUCCUAAAAGACUACAACUACAGGGAUACAAAACCAAAGUCUUUGCUCAAGAAUAUUUUUAAGUAUCUUCGAAACGAAGUUGGCCCAUCCCUGGAUGUCUUUCUGAUGGGAGCCAUGAUGAAAUCCCUUGAAACUAAAAAUGGCCAUCUUGACCUCUUUGUUCGCUUCCUUCAUGGCCUCUCUUUGGAGUCUAAUCAAAGACUCUUAGGAGGCCUGCUGGGUCAGACAGACAACAGUCCAGAAAUCAUCCAGAGAGUCAUAAGUAACUUAAAGGUGACGAACAGUGAUAAGAUCUCUCCUGACAGAAGCAUCAACAUCUUCCACUGUCUGAUGGAGAUAAACGACCACUCAGUACAUCAGGAGAUCCAAGAGUUCCUGAAGUCAGAGAACAGAUCAGAGAAGAAACUCUCUGAGAUCCACUGCUCAGCUCUGGCCUACAUGCUGCAGAUGUCAGAGGAGGUUCUGGAUGAGUUGGACCUGAUGAAGUACAACACAUCAGACCAGGGACGACAGAGACUGAUUCCAGCUGUGAGGAACUGCAGAAAGGCUAUAUUGAGUUCCUGCAGGUUGUCAGAGAUCAGCUGUGCUUCUGUGGCCUCAGCUCUGAAGUCCAACCCCUCCCAUCUGAGAGAGCUGCAGCUGAGUGGAAACAAGCUACAGGAUUCAGUAGUGAAGCUGUUGUGUGGUUUUCUGGAGAGUCCAGACUGUAGACUGGAGACUCUGAGAUUGCAGGGCUGCAGUUUGUCAGCGAUCAGCUGUGCUACUCUGGCCUCAGCUCUGAAGUCCAACCCCUACCAUCUGAGAGAGCUGGACCUGAGUGAAAACAAGCUGCAGGGUUCAGGAGUGAAGCUACUGUGUGGUUUUCUGGAGAGUCCACACUGUAGACUGGAGACUCUGAGAUUGAGUCGCUGCAGUUUGUCAGAGAUCAGCUGUGCUUCUCUGGCCUCAGCUCUGAAGUCCAACCCCUCCCAUCUGAGAGAGCUGGAUCUGGGAGGAAAUGAGCUGCAGGAUUCAGGAGUGAAGCUGCUGUGUGGUUUUCUGGAGAGUCCACACUGCAGACUGGAGACUCUGAGAUUGUGGCGCUGCAGUUUGUCAGAGAUCAGCUGUGCUACUCUGGCCUCAGUUCUGAAGUCCAACCCCUCCCUUCUGAGAGAGGUGGAUCUGAGUCUCAACAAGCUGCAGGAUUCAGGAGUGAAGCUGCUGUGUGAAUUUCUGGAGAGUCCACACUGUAGACUGGAGACUCUGAGUCUAAACGCUCCAACAUCGGCGGUCUCCUCCUUAGUCCGAAGCAGAACCCCUCUCCUCCGAAGCCUCAGACGUUGCUCCAGGAACCUCCCACGACGGUCGUCUCUGCCUCUGGUACCAGAUCUGGAUCUUUAUUCACCACUAAUGUUGUCUACAUACUAUCCCUAACCAACUAAAACCUCAACAUUUAACAUUCCCAAUCCCACUUCUGACACCAAAAUGUGUGGCCAGGCCAGGAAUGAAGAGGUCAAACACACAAUAAAUUUUAUGGGUUUUUAUUCCCUGACUGGACUGUAAAAUCGAGGAUUUUGAGGCAGUUGGAGGUUAUACAAAACACGGGAAUUACUCACUUAAUCACUUGUCAUUUACUUAUUGCAUCUGAUCAUAACUAUUUGAUUUAACAGUACACUAUAUUACCCAAAAACCAUACACUCUGGUAGACAACAAACAACAAGUCUAAAAAACAUCAAAGUCUAGAAAACAGGCCGGUCUAUACACUCCAAAAUCUAGACAACAGUAGUGGCGUUUUCUAAUUAGAGAAAAUAAAAAACAUAUACAUUCACUUAGCCACACAAUGCACAAGUUCAUAAAGUCAAGGUAAAAUACGUAAAUUUACCAGAAAACAUAAAAUACAUCCAAACAAAAAUACAAUUUGCCCAACCGUUUGUACAGAAACUCAGAAUUAAUACUUUAUGGAUGAAAUCAGUAACCGUCUUCUAAUGUGCAGUGUGCGCCCCUAGGACAUGCGCACGCGCACACACACACACCAGGAACUCCACAGUGUAUCUCCCCUCUAAGUCAGCAGAAAAGUACAAAAUACACAUUGUUUGUUUACAGCAUUAUUAUACACAUACAACACAUACACAUAAUGUGAUUUUGUUUGUAAAUACACGUUGUUGUCACUCACGCUGUUGCCGCUGGUCAGAGUCUCUGUCUUGACCCCCUAUCAAAGCCAUACCAGCACAAUGGGCUCCAGUUUGGAGCCCCUGCCUGUAAUGGCAUUUUUCCAUUACCAGUACCAGCUCAACUCGCCUCGACUCAACUUGACUCAGUUUGGCUGUCCUCCGUUUUCCAUUCCAGAGAUAGUACCCCUCAAUGUAGCUGG